GCCCAGCACAGUGAGUCUGAUAGUUACCUGAAAACAUUCGUUCCUACACCGUCAGAUAGGUCGGACGUUCCGUACUAGUGAAGAAAAGUUAAACUAUAAUGUAUUCUCAAAGCACAAAAGUUCCACUAUGGCCAACAUGGGAUAUGGAUGGUCCUGCGCUCUUUCACUCUUAUCCCUCAGAGCGGCCCACUGACUUGAAUCUUUAUAGUAUUCGCGAAGAUCCGGAAGAGGAGGAGGCCGCUAUGCGAGAAUAUGACAAUAUAAGUGAUAGGGACCGGAGUAAUGAGCGCAAGACCAGCUGCUGUCUACCUAAUUUGGUAACUCGCGUCUUUAGAUGCGGUACGAGUGAAUCGCCAAAUGAAAAUCGCGAGUUCUGUGAUGGGAGGAAUUUACCACAGACUGUUCAAGAGCAGCAGCCUCGUCGAAGCGACAGGCUGCAGAUUAAUUUCAAGAAAAACGCCAAGAAGCCAGACACGGUCGUAGAAGAAAAAGUCUAUGUCAAGGUCGGCGAAGCAUCCAGAAAACAAGACACUGCGGCUGCUAAAGAGACAGGUUACAAGGAAACGACUAACGAACAACAACGAGACAAGUUGCACAAAAGGUUUCAAUCGUGCCCAAGCGAAAGGCAUAAGUAUAGUCCAACUUGGAGAACUGAAGAAUACUUUUCCUUUCCGCCAGGUUGGGGUGAUGACACUUUUGAACAGUUCCAAAGGUACCCUCGAACUUAUUCUGCGGAAGCCGAGAGAAGAGCACUACAAGAAAAGUGGGAGCAGGAAAUUCAGCUACGUGAUGAUAUUCGCGAAGUCACCUACCGUGUAGAUGAAGCCGGACCUUCUAGCGCAAACACAGAAACCAGGAACAUCAAAGCUGAACCACGACAACAAAACAACAAAAGUGACUCAUCCAAGCCCCAGAUAGAAUAUGAGACUGAAGAACGUCGAAGUGCAUCUCCAAAAACAUUCGGAAAUCUAAAGAAAAUCUUAAAAAUCCCAUACGGAAGAGAUAUUGCCAGAUCUCAACCAGUUUAUACGGGAAGCAGUGAUCCUGAGAGUCUGUCGAGCUUGCCGCAGAGACCCAAUACGCCAACAUCACCGGCACCAGACUCGGAAUCGGCACGCAGAGACAAAUCUCGGACUCGGCGGCAAAAACUCAGAUUCGCAGACGAGGAACAUUUUUUUGAUUCGCGCCCCCCAAAUAAAAACUUAACAAGUUCAGACGCUUUCCAGCGUAAUGUUAAGAAGAAAACGAGGAGAAGCGAUAGUAGGAAGAAAGCAAAAUUGAAAAAUUUACUCGAACUUGAUUCUCCAAAUUCUUCGGACUCGGAAAUCGAGUUCGAGUUCCCAAAAGUCGGAGAAGAACGGGUGCAAGUCAAAAAGCUUAAAGAGACCAAAACAGAGCUGCCGGACCCCUCGGACUGCGCGGUCACCAAGAUGAAUAAUCUCAAUUCAAACGAACGGAAAAUCAUCAUUGAAUUCUGCCAUCUGCUUGAAAAAUCUAAGCAAUUGUUCAAUGGAUUAAGGGAGCUCCCGUUGUACGGUCACAAAUGCUGGCAUCCAUAUUUCGAACGCACUUUUGACGUAUACACGAAACUGUGGAAAUAUCAGCAGGAACACAGAGCAAUACUUGACACUAGAUACGGCCUCAAAAGAUGGCAAAUCGGAGAAAUCGCUUCGAAAAUAGGACAACUCUAUUAUCAUUUCUAUCUCCGCACCAGUGAAACGGCUUAUCUCAGUGAAGCCUGCUCGUUUUACUCUGCAAUACGCGGACGAAGUUAUUACACGCAAGCUUGUAAGCUUGAUAAAAGCGAGCUAGUUGUCAAAAAGUUGCGGUACUACGCAAGAUUUAUUGUAGUAUGUCUACUGCUUAAGAAGAUGAAGCUCGUGAUCGAGCUUACUAAAGAUCUUGAAAUAUUAAUAAGGGAUUAUGGGCAGGCUUACGAUCCGGACGACCAUCUAGAGUGGGUUAUAGUGCUGGACGAAAUAAAAGCUUUCAUUCAGUUAGAGGUGAUCGUAUCGGUUGUUCAUCCAGAUAGCUACACGGUGGUUCUCUCGCAUAGGCUCAACGAAUACAACAAAACAACUAUAGAGCGUUCGCCAAUUAUGAAUAUAUACUUGCAAGAAAUUAUAAUAAUCGGAAGUACUGAGGAUCAAGCGAAAUUUUCGGAAUUGUCUUUGGAUAUGUUCCGGAUCUUACAGACCCUGGAACGGGAGACUACUGCUGAUCGAGUAUCACGAAAUUAUGAAGAAUCACAUAGAAAACGGCACUUAACAACGCCAAAUCUACCAAGAGUAGAAAAUGAUACCGAACCUGAGGAGAGUACGGUGCGGGAUAACCCGCACAAGUACCUGUUAUAUCAACCGACUCCGACUCAGGUGCUCACCUACCUGGCUAGUGCUUGUAAUGACUUAGCACCCGGAGGUGGUCUGCUACUUUACAUAUCCGCCGACGGCCAUUUCUCGUCUUCACCAAAAGACGUUAUAGAAGAGGGCUAUGAUCGUGGAGGAGUAUUGACAUCGUCCAAAACGGAGGUAUAUCGACAAUCUGACAAAGAUCAUCACAGAAGUUCACAUGGAAAAACAAAGGAGGCGAACUGCCUCUACCCCGCCGAUUUAUACGCAUUUACUAGACGCCCGCUGGUUGUUAUCGUUGACUCCGAUAACUCCGGCGCGUUUCUAAGCGUCGGAGGGAGCUUCGGUCAACCUCUUGUCAUCCUAACAUCCCCGGUCAAAAUGCCUUCAAAUUAUUUGGAACGCAAAAGGCAAGGAAACAUGUUUACUUUAUUCAUGAGUUGUCCUUUUACUGGAUUUUCUUUUAUCACUGAACUUUUCUCUGUCUCAUUGAGUCAAUGGGAACGAUCUCAGCUACACCUUGAGGACUUCAUGAACGAAUUAUCUCAGAUCAUCCUUAGGGGUCGUGUUGAUAUAAUGUAUCUACAUUUCCUGGGCGAUGACUUCCUACGUCUGAUGAUAUUCCGUUACAUAUUCUGUGAGAUGUCGAUCAGAAUGCACCGGUCGUUCCGCUCCAGAAACUAUUGGCCUCGGUGUUCGCCUCCUCUACCAGAAGAUCUACUGGAACACACGCGUCUAAAGCACAUCAUAUUUGAUUUGGCUAAAUGCUUACAGGUUCAACAACAUUUCAACGACCCGUCAUUUAAUGGUCCCCAGUAACUAGAAAAAAUUAGUUCGAAACGUGACCUUUAGUCAACUUUCGAUUUGUAUUGUAUUUACGACUUUUUAUUGCUAAAUAUAUAUUUCAUACAAAACUAUACCAGUGAAUUCCAAAGACAUUACACAGCAGCACGGAACAAUCGGACCCUUUUUCGAAGAUCCGGCAACAGCUGUUCAUCAAAACGUGACGAAUACGUGAAAUAGCUUCUUUUAUCAAAGAACUCACGAGCAUCUGAAUCUAUUUAAGAAAAACCUACAGUUUUAUCAAAAUUAUUUUGUACAAAAUUAUACCUUAUUGCGUAUUGCUCAGUGAAGCAUCUUCCCUUUUGUAAUUAAAGAUAAGUAACAGGAAUGUCCCUAAAUUCGUUAAAUAUUCUAUACCAAAACGAAAUCUUCAUUACCUUCUGUGGCUUAAAAUAGAAGUCCAUAGCAACAGUUGUUAUUCUAUAGCAACGUAAUAUCAAGACGUCGCCAAAUAGCAAUGAAUAACCAGGAAAACUCUUUAAAUGUUUGAAUCACGAUAUGCUCAUAGGCAACCCACUGCGGGCUUAGCUGGAGUGACACUAUGGACACAUCGGCACGCUUUGUAAUAAGAAAACCCUGUGUUGGUGAUUUUACAUUAUUUUACUCGUAAUGCGAAAAUCUAUAAAUCAAAGAUUCUACGAACAAAGACUAGUGAUAGGUGUCCCUUUUGUAUAAAACAUUUUUUCAUGCAUUUAAAUGUUUUAUAUUAUUAAAUACCAUUAUAAAAUGAACAUAUAUAAUUAAAUGUACUUAAUUAAUUAAAUGUGUAAUUAAUUUUAUACCCAAAAUAAUGUAUCCUAUUAUAAUUAUACUUAUAUAUUAUUAUACUAUAGUAUUUAAUUCUUAGUCCUGGUAUAGUAAUAAUUUUUUUGUAAAUCAUGUAUAUUUUAGAGUAAUAAAUACAAGAUAAAAUAUUAUGUACUAUAAAUGUGUAAAAUAUAUAAUAUAAGGUGUUUGGGAAACAAGGUAUCAUCGGGGAAUGGGGCUGAGGCAUCAACGGUGUAUUCAAUUAUUUUAUAUCAUUCUUGACCUUCGUGUGAUCAGGUUUCAGCAGCUGAAGGGCUCUUGACGAUGGAAAUCUAAAACAAAACUUUAAGAGUCCAGAUUUUGGAACAGAAACAGAAAUCCAUAAGAAAUCUUUUUUUAUGUACUUUUAUUGGUGAACGCAUGAACAGAGUCCAUAGACAUCACGAUGUGAGAAAUCAAAUAUGAGCUCCAAGUCUCAAUUAUAUUGGAACAGCUUUACCGUUCUCCAGACCGCGACGCCAGGUUAUUCCGCGGCCAAAGUAAGCACGCUUGUGCUACUCACACGUGCCGGCUUCCAAUAACAUCUAGGACCAGUAAAUAGGUAACUAAUGUAAUCAUUUGAAAUUAGCCUACUCUUGAUAAAUAGUAUAUUAUUAAUGAAAAUUUUAGAAAUUUUAUCAGGCAUUACCUAAAAAAAAAACUGAAAUCUUAAUACAGAACAAGAUAAAUCAAAGAUUUCGUUAAUUAUUUCAGCAAAUGAAACUUAAAAUAUGUCAGUAUAUACUAUAUGUCAGUAUUGUAUUUGUAUAUUUAUAAUGUCAUACGUAUUUUUAUAUAUAAAGAGGUAUAUAUGUAUAAAAAUCAUAGAUUGCACGUAUUUGUACAAGAAUGAAGAGAUAAAUGUUUAAUUCAAAUAAAGAAACAAACUUAGCUAUUCAUUUCUACAAAGAUAGUUUUCUAUAAAGUUUUUUUAAUCUCAACUUUUUUUCUUCAUAUUAUUGUGAUUCAAUAUAGCAUAUGAUACAUAAUUAGGUGGUCAAAGACGAAAGUGUCAGUGAACCCAUAACAUUUACUGUGAAAUACCCAAAAUGGUAGACUGAAAUAAAUAUACGAUAACAUCUGAUCGUUUAAAAAACAAACACAGAGCUAAAACAUCAUAAAAGAAACAUAAAACCCUUCAAUGAUACUAGUUCAUAGAAUGAGUCCUAAAAUCCAAUGAUGGUCUAGUAAUCUCAGUGAGAGUCUCAUAACUAUGGGAUAACUAUGGGACGCAUAGCUCCUACAUAGCACCAUUAAGGCGUAGGAGGUAAUAUAAUUUAAAGUAUAUUACUUUAUAAUAUAAAUAUAAAGUAUCAUUUAUUAUAAAGUAAUAUCUCUGAAAUACUGACAUCGAUACUAAUUUAUCUAAGUGCAUACGAACACGUGGCCACGAAUGACCUCCAAAAUAAAAACAUAAGAACGUGUUUUAAAAAAUAACCUAAAAUUAAUAAGGAAAUGAGUAUUUAGUGGUAUUAGGAGGGAAUUGUAGGUCUGUAGAGGUACGUUCCACCAUCCUAAAUAUUACUGCCUCGGAGAAGUAAAGCGAAUGAUGGGACUUCUAUCAUACGUUGCAACGAAGAACUUCAUAAGUUGCGUGACGGCAUCUGCAUUAUGUUUUCAUAGUCCAUAAAAACAAAUAUACACUUUUUAAAACACUAGCUAGCCUCUGAGUUAAUCUGUAAAGAUAGUGCAAAAAAAAUAAUAGAAAUUGAUCAGUUGUAAACAAUGGGAAUAUUUCCAACAAUGAUCUGUCUUGUUAUAAUAUUAACUUUAAUUGUUCUAUCAUAAUAUACCAAGCUUCUUAAAGACGGUCCUGGUGAAACAAAUAACUCAAAUGCCAGCCGAGAAAUUACAUGUGCAUUUAUUUGUCAUAUACCUAGUCUGUCAACGUUGACAGCUUUCCCGCGAUAAUCUAUUAUUUUAUCUGUAUAAAUAAGUGACAGUCGCAAAAUACUAUUAAAGCCAUAAAUAUUAAAUUAUAUAAUAUGUACAUAUUAGAAGGGUGUCAAAAUUUGCGCCGUAUGUAUUUAUAUAUUUAUUAUAAUAGAUGUAUUUAUUAUUAUUCUGAAUUCUGUAUGGAAUUUGUUGUUAAAAGACAAUUUUUCGUUCAAAUAAUAGGGGUACCUACGAUAUUUAAGAAAACCAAGAAAUGUAGUUAUAAUUUUAUUAAUAGCAAGUAUAUUAUUAUAAUUUUUAAAGUUUUAUAAUGUGAAAACAUUUAGUUAAAUAUUAGUAUAAAAUUUAAUAUGGAAAUAUGUAUGUACAUAUAAAAAUUUAAUUAUUAUUGAAGUUAAAUUUUUAAAGGUAUGCGUGACGGAAUUGAUUCUUUAGGAAAUUAUAUUAUUAUAUUACCUAAAAAGAUAUACUAUAUUAGAUAUAUACUUAUAAGAUGAACUAUAUUAAUUCAUAUGCUUAUUUGUAAUCUCAGAAUGUUUAGUAAUUAUCGUGUAAAUAUAAUGUGUAGAUAUUUACAUGUUGUUAAAAUAAUAGCGAAAAUGUAUAAUAUGAAAUAUUAGCCUAAGAAAAUAAUACCAUGUGCUUGUUUUGACACUAAAUCGAGGUGAUAAAAAUUAAUGUAUAUUUAAUACUUGUAAAAUAUAUUUAUUACAAGAACAUGUAUCUAUGUACAUAUUAUUACAUAAGCAUAUAAAUUCAAUUAGUAUGUAAUAUGUAAAACAUUUUUUUUGUAAGAGAGCAGAUGGGUAAUCGUUUUCGGCUAUGGUAGGCUGCAUAAGAGUAUGUAAUUGACGCUAUUAUAUUUAAGGUGUUCACAGCGCCAUACGUAAGAGGCACUUAAAAUAAAAAUAGUGUAAAAAAUUUUUUGGCUGAAAUAAAAAUGCACUAGGUUUUAUGGAACUAACUUUUAUGGAAAUUAAAGUGUUGAGCAGUAUUAGACAUGUUUAGUGAAAUUAAUUGAGGGUAUUUUUUUAUUGCUUAGAUGGGUGGACGAGCUCGCAGCCCAUCUGAUGUUAAGUGGUUACCGGAGCCCGUAGACAUCUACAACGUAAAUGCCUCCACCCAUCUUAGAUAUGAGUUCUAAGGUCUCAGUAUCGUGGCUGUCCCAACCUUCAAACCAAACUGCAUUACUGCUUCAAGGCAGAAAUAGACAGGGUGGUGGUAUCUACCCGUGCGGACUCACAAGAGGCUCUACCACCAUUAAAGAAUUUCGAUAGACCUACACUCAGCAUUGGGUGGACAUGGCUUGAAGAAGAAAUACUCUGAAAUUUCAACAAAAAUUCGAUUGGUUAGAUGUUCUACUAAUGAGUUCUUUUGCCAUUAUAGGCAAACAAGCAUUUAGCUCAACUGCUGGUCACUGUCACUCAUGGACAUUACCAAGUCGCCGCAUAUUAGCAGUAAAAUAUGCAACCUGAAUGGCUGCUCAAAGUUACGUUUUUUAGACCAACAAAACGACGAAAAUGAAAAGAAAAAAAAAAAUUAAAUGGGAAAAUACUAUUCGGUAUAUUCUAUACUUAUACGGUUAUUUUUCUAGAGAAAAUAAUAUUCGCAUGAUUGGGAGAGCUUCCUACAUUCCAUAAUUAUGCAAUUAUAUUGCAUUUAUUUUUUCCUUUUUUUUCCCUAACUAUAGCUGAUAGCCUUGAGAGGAUAUUAUGUAGAUGAGCUCACAGGGCUCAAACCGGAAAUGUUGCUAACACUGGCCCUAGCAAGAGCAGCUCUUCGCAGAAUCUACCACCGGAUCGGAAACGCGACCCACUGAUAAGAUCCGACGAGAAACUCAAUGGGCUGUGUCUGUGGGUUAACUCGUCAAGCGGUUCGUCGCAAGCGACGGGUUCGACGAGGACGGUGACCGGUGCUUGUGGUACCUAAAAGCACCGUUAAUGGAUCGGGAGGAUCCGUAGUGGCGUGUUUGGGGCGACGUCGACUGUUUACCAUUCGGUCUACAGGAUCGGGGCUGUAAUAUAUUGCGUGCUAACUAGAUUACAUAUGCUUAAAUACUUUGUACAUGUUAAGCACGACCGUUAAUCAAAUUGGUCGAAUAUAUGCUGUUACGAAACAGAAAAAUUUAAUGUAAUAAUUAACUAUGAUGGAUGUUGACACACAGUGCUGUUGUGUGAUUCUUGGAAAUUAAUUGUUAACAUCGUUUUGUUAUUACCAAAUAUUUAGCAGUAUUUUGAAUUGAUAUAAUUGUAAAAAAAAAAUAUGUACAGUCAUUAAGAAAACAUUCUUUAAACAAUGUACAUAUUGUAAAGAAAUUUCUCGAUACAUGUUAUGUAUUAAUUUUAAUUUAGAUAGUUCACGAUUGAAAAUGUUAAAUGUUAAACGUAUUAAAGUUUUGAAUUUUAUAUUAAAAUGCCUUCAUUUAUUUACCUUUUUCUCGGAUAUUUUUCGGUCUGCUUAUACAGUCAGAUGGUAACAAAAUAAAUUAUUUUGACGAAUUCUAGUCAUUUAUUUAGCCACUUUACUAGCUUAGAAAUUGCUCCCAUUUUGAAUAAUAAAAUUUGGAACAUCGGUUCUUUAUGCAAAGUACAACGUGUAGAGGAUUAUAUAUAGUUAUAGUAUCAUUGAAAGACUUUCAACGGUGAGCACUCGUGAAUAUAAAUCAAAUUAAAGGAAUUCAAGAAACUGGAUACGCAAUAAUCCCAAAUAAAAAGUACAAUCUAUUGAAUUAUAAAUAUGAAUAACGUAAAAAAACAAAUACGUAUUUAAUAAUUAGACACAAAUCACACACGUACCUACGUAUUAGCUGAAGGAUCAUUUAAGAAGUCGUCGUAGCCUCGUAAAGGUUAAUAUGCCUGGUGUAAUCGUACCGGGUCAUCAGAUCACGGCGCCCGUGUUCGAAUCCCGCUAACAGAUAACUUUUUUUGUAAUGAAAUACGUAUUUAAAACGUGUUCACGAAUGACUACGAUGAAGGAACAAAACAUCGUCUAAUAAAAAUGGAACCUGAAAAAAAUCUAUCUUACAAAAUUGCUGAUAGUAAGCCGUCUUGUUAGCCUACACGAGUAGAUCCAAUCACGCCUGGGCUAACCACCAACCUACCACCUAAGCUCGUUCGACUUAAGCUCGUUCAUUCGUCUAAGCAAUAAAGAAACAAUAAAAAACAAACGGCUUGAUCAGGGAAAAGUAUAUGCCAACACAAAAUAUAUGACCAAUUCAAGUUAGAUCCAUGUCUUGAUAAUAGAUUAGCUGUGAAUGUUAGAACUGUGUCUCGGCACGAAUAAAUAUUGAUUGAUAGUACACUGAACGUAAAUAUUUGAUUAUAAUGUAUAAAAACAACCGGAAAUGUUUUAAUGGCUUCAGUGGACAGUCGCAGCAGUUCUUUAAAUCUAGUCCACUGACGAAUUCUGGCCACAAUCUAGUUAAAGAUAACAUCACAAAAAUAACGGGACAAGAAUGUAUCAUUAUAACUUUUGUUUAAGCGCCAUCUAGUAGUUUCACGCAGAACUGCAUCAAUAGCUUUGUUCCACAAUUAAAAAACAGAGCGCGCUAUACGCAUUACUUUAGUUAUAUUUAUUAAAACUAUAAUCAACAAUCCAUUAAAUUAUGUAUUUUAACGCUAUUCGUACAUACAUUUUGUUGUUAUUCUUUUUAUAAGACAUGUAAAAUUUAAUUUUUAAUUUCAGUAUUAGCAGGUAGGUACGUAGGUAAUAAAAGAAAUCAGAAUUUUCAAUUAUUUGAAAUACUUCAGUAUUUUCAUAAAGCAAGCAAUGCGCUGAGUUUGUUUUGUUUUUUUAUUGUUUUGGUAAGUUAUCCACGACAUGAUAUAAAUAGAAUUAAAGAAAGUUAAGAGUUGUGAAAUAUGCACUGUUUUUAUAAAUCCAAAUCUUGUUCUUUAUAGUUCAAAUCUGAAUACAUCUAAAAGCUAACAUUUAGUAGGUAAUUGUCGUUUUAAUCCCAUAGAAACGCGUUGUGCCUGACACAGCAUAAACAUUUUCGAUUCAGUUUUCAUAUACUACGCACAAACGCAAAACAAAAAUAAAUACGCUCCUAAAUGAAGCAGUCACGAUUCCAGUUCUCAAAGACGCUACAGACAAUUUGGAUCUCAUUCAAGGAACGCACGAUCAAGAGAAAGACACACCGCCCGUGCCGAUUAAAACGUACCAAUGGGAAGAUUUAAAAAGAGCUCGUGAAGUUGGCGCUUACCCCUGGACUCAUUUACUGAAGCCGCCACUCGAGGGCGAAGUUACCGCUGAGGAUAUAAUAAGGGAGACUACUCCCAGAAGAAGUAUGUCACGAGAGUUUUCAAGGUCGCGAACGCAUUCACCAGUUGACAGUGACAUUCAGAAAAUUCUAAACCUUGACUCUUCACCGGGAAGCAGCCGAAAACAUGGCGAUGAAGGUGAGGACGAAGGGGUUCACAUCCCUAAUUUUUCUAAAGAAGUGUCUCUGGAUGAAGAAGACAUUCCUGGCCCGGUUUUAAGCACUUACAUUGUGAAAAGGCCAGAGAGUCAGAGUAGUGUACAAUUAAUGUCACCUGUAGAAAUUCCUAAAUUAAAUGUUUCUCCGAAGGGAAUAUUGAAACGCCGAGUACCAGAUCAAUACAUAGGUGUAACUGAAACACGUGAGAAAACGAAGUGUUGCCAUCCUCUUGUUAACAAAAUAAAGCACUUAGCAGACAAAACAUUACACAAAUUAGAUAGGAGUGAUUUAGAAAAAUCCCCUCUCUCCAAACGAAA